AGCGGACAUCAUAGUCAGUCGUAGUCAGUUGCUCUGUUCAUUCAGUCGGCAUUUUUUUCACCUGCGAAUAAAUAUAUUAUAUCUACAAUAAUUAUUUGAUAUUACUACUGCUGUAGGAGAAGAAUGCGUUUUUUGAAAUAUCCAAUAAUACCUGUCGGAUUGCAACAAAUUCGAAAUUUAGCAGUUAUGAGUGGAAACUUGGAUUACAAGUCGGCCAAGUCCGUCCACGAUUUCGAAGCUAAGUCUAUCAAGGGGGAAGAUGUACCUUUGGAAAAGUAUAAAGGCCACGUGCUGUUGAUCGUGAAUGUCGCAUCUAAGUGUGGGCUCACUGCUACUAAUUACAAAGAACUGAAUGAGCUUCAUGAUCAAUUUGCAGAGUCUCAUGGUCUUCGUAUUUUGGCAUUCCCAUGCAAUCAAUUCAACGGUCAAGAGCCCGGAGACAGUGACGAAAUUUGCAGCUUUGCUGAUCGUCAAAAAGUGAAGUUUGAUUUGUUUGAAAAAAUAGACGUCAAUGGUGAGACAACUCAUCCCCUGUGGAAGUACUUGAAAAAGGAAAAGGGCGGCACACUGGGAAACUUUAUCAAGUGGAACUUCACAAAAUUCAUCGUCGACAAAGAUGGAAAAGUCGUCGAGCGACACGGACCAAAUGUUGAUCCAAGUAGCUUGGCGAAAAAUUUGGAGAAGUACUUUUAAGGGAGCAAUACCUAAAUUUAUUCCCAACGCACGGUUGUAAUAUAAUACUGCUGUUUAUUGGAAUAAUCAGCACAUCACAACUAAACGUAUGGAUUGUUCCUUUAUUCAAGGAAAUAAUAAUCAUUAUUAUUAUUAUAAUUACUACUACUACUGUAAACAGUUCUGUUAAAUAAUUUAUCUCAAACUAUUUAUUUUGUUAUAAUUUUAAAUGAUGUAAUACUUGAUCUUUUUUAUUUUGGCUAUGAUUUGUACACGCUUCCUCGAGAGUAUCACGUCUGAUAUCAUAGAUAUAUCUGAGUUAUCGAUUUUGUAAUCAACACAUACAUAAAUAUAAAUCCGUGCGUAGGUAUCGAUUCACACGCACUACAGCCAGAUUGGGACUUUGUACUUUGCUUGUUUUAAAAAAAAAAAUUACAUUCAAUAAAUAAACUGCAUAAAACCCA